UUAAUCCGCCAUACUACUUCAUGUGGUGACACCGGCUUUUUGUUUUGAAUCAAACAUUCAGCGAUUACGACGUUUCUGGAGAACCAAAAAUAAUGAGAAUGCAGAUCACGUCAGCAGCUGGCAUACUUGCCCUGCUGGAGGAACCAGAGCCUGAAGUUAAGGUUUUCUCAUUGAAUAAACUGAACACAGUUGUAGAUGAAUUCUGGGCAGAAAUCUCUGAGGCAGUUGACAAGAUUGAGAUGCUGUAUGAAGAUACCACCUUCAAGCACAGAGAACUGGCAGCUCUGGUGGCUUCCAAGGUGUACUACCAUCUUGGGGCCUUUGAGGAGUCCGUCACCUAUGCCCUGGGCGCUGGCUCUCUCUUUGAUGUCAACGACACUUCGGAGUAUGUUGAGACUAUUAUUGCAAAAUGCAUUGAUAGUUACACUAGAAUGAGAGUCCACAAUGCAGAGAGCGAUGAUGUUGACCAGAAACCCAUGGAUUCCCGUCUGGAGGCAGUGGUGAACCGAAUGUUCCAAAGAUGUUUUGAUGACAAGCAGUUCAAACAGGCUGUAGGCAUUGCCUUAGAGACCAGGAGAAUUGACAUCUUUGAGAAGGCCAUUCUGCAACCUGAUAGUGUGUCAGACAUGAUGACGUAUGCCUACAAGGUGACGAUGUCCUUGAUUCAGAACCGUCAGUUCCGUAACACCAUUCUCCGCGUGCUGGUCAAGAUGUACAUGGGACUUGCGACACCUGACUAUAUUAAUGUCUGCCAGUGUUACAUCUUCCUGGAUGAACCUCAAGCUGUGGCAGAGAUCCUGGAAAAACUGGUCAAGGACAGUGAGGAGAGUACCCUGAUGGCGUACCAGAUCGCCUUUGAUCUAUACGAGAGUGCCACUCAGCAGUUCUUACAGCGAGUGCAGUCAGCGCUGAGGUCCACAGCGCCCAUCCCUAUCCCAACAACGCCAGUCGGGAAGGCAACCAAACCAGAGGACUCCAAAGAGAGUACUAUGGAGACAGAAGACAGCACAGUUGAUGCAGACAGUGGGAAACCUGCUGAGAGUGCCACACCCAAACUGGAGGAUUUGAGUGAAUCUGACCGUAAGCUCCAGGAGCAGUUCACCAAGCUCCAUACUAUCCUGGGAGGUGACUUCAGUAUUGCUCUCAACCUGCAGUUUCUUAUCAGGAACAACAAGACAGACAUGUUGAUACUGAAGAAUACCAAGGAGGCAGUACGCAACUCUAUCUGCCACACAGCCACUGUGAUGGCCAACGCCUUCAUGCAUGCCGGCACUACAUGUGACCAGUUCCUCAGGGACAACCUGGAGUGGCUGGCCAGGGCCACAAACUGGGCCAAGUUCACGGCCACUGCCAGCCUCGGUGUCAUCCACAAGGGUCAUGAGAAGGAGGCUCUGAACUUGAUGUCCACCUACCUGCCCAAGGACACUGGUCCGGGGUCAGCUUACAGUGAGGGUGGUGGUCUGUAUGCUCUAGGUCUUAUCCAUGCCAAUCAUGGCGGAGAGAUCACAGAGUACCUGCUCAACCAGCUCAAGGAUGCUUCCACUGAUAUGGUCCGUCAUGGAGCUUGUCUUGGAUUGGGGCUGGCUGCUAUGGGGACUGCCAGACAGGACAUCUAUGAACAGCUCAAGUUCAACCUGUACCAGGAUGACGCAGUGACGGGAGAGGCGGCAGGUCUCGCUAUGGGGCUGGUAAUGUUGGGCACCAAGUCUGCCACUGCCAUUGAAGAUAUGGUGGCUUAUGCCCAAGAGACUCAGCACGAGAAAAUUCUCCGUGGUUUGGCUGUGGGCAUUGCGCUGACCAUGUUUGGUAGGCUGGAGGAGGCCGAUACCCUGAUUGAGAGCCUGUCACGUGACAAAGACCCCAUCCUGCGCUGGUCAGGCAUGUACACGGUUGCCAUGGCGUACUGCGGAACAGGAAACAACAAGGCUAUCAGGAAGUUGUUGCAUGUUGCUGUCAGUGAUGUCAAUGAUGAUGUCAGGAGAACGGCCGUCACUGCCCUCGGCUUCUUGCUAUUCAGGUAG